GGUAUUAUCGAAAAAUCCCAGCUGCCUCAUUCAUCCUCUUCGUACUUCCUUUAUAUCCCCGUCGGAAUUCCGAUAUUUCCGACAGUCCUUUAAGGCAGCAUUAGUUAGACGUUUAGUGCUGCGAACAAACAAUCGUGCGGAACAAAACAAAGUAAGAGUAAACAACCAUGAAACGUCCCGGAAAUGUAUUAACAGCUACGUUUACAACAUUUACUCUUCUGCUUUGCCUGUGUUCAGUCAGAGGUGACUACUGUGAGGUGAAUGUUUGCCAUAACGGAGGAACAUGUGUGACAGGGAUAGGAGAGGAUCCGUUCAUCUGCAUCUGUACGGAUGGCUUCGGGGGAGACAGCUGCAACCUGACAGAGAUCGGACCCUGCAGUCUGAACCCCUGCAAGAACGAUGGGUCGUGCAAGAUCAUCACUCCAACCAGACGAGGAGACGUUUUCAACGAGUACGUCUGCAAGUGCCAGCCCGGCUUCGAGGGAGUGCACUGCCAGAUCAAUGUGAACGACUGUGCCAACCAGCCCUGUAAGAAUAGAGGGAUAUGUCGAGAUCUCGAUGGUGACUACACGUGCCAAUGCCCCUCACCGUAUGUUGGAAAGCAGUGCCAGCUAAGUUGCAUUUCUCUGCUGGGGAUGGAGGGAGGAGCGAUCGUGGAGUCCCAGAUUUCAGCUUCCUCUUUGCACUACGGCAUUCUGGGUCUUCAGCGCUGGGGCCCGGAAUUGGCCCGACUCAACAACCAGGGCAUCGUCAAUGCCUGGACGUCAGCAGCCCACGACAGGAACCCCUGGAUCGAGAUUAAUAUGCAGAAGAAGAUGCGUCUGACGGGCAUCAUCAGUCAGGGUGCCAGUCGCAUGGGCACGUCUGAGUACAUCAAGGCCUUCAAGGUGGCGAGCAGCUUCGAUGGAAACGCUUAUAUCACUUACAGAGAGGACGGCCAACGGAGGGACAAGGUUUUUAUUGGCAACACAGAUAACGACAGCACCAAGACCAACCUUUUUGACCCUCCUAUCGUGGCCCAGUACAUCCGCAUCAUCCCUGUGGUUUGCCGCAGGGCCUGCACGCUGCGCAUGGAGCUGGUGGGCUGUGAACUCAAUGUUUAUUCAAACACGGCAGGUUGCUCAGAGCCUCUGGGAAUGAAGUCUCGCCUCGUCUCGGAUGGGCAGCUUUCGGCCUCCAGCUCUUUCCGCACGUGGGGCAUUGAUACCUUCACGUGGCACCCUCAGUUUGCCCGACUGGAUAAGCAGGGGAAGACAAACGCCUGGUCUCCUGCACACAACAACCACUCAGAGUGGAUCCAGGUCGAUCUAGAGAAGACAAAACGACUCACAGGCAUCAUCACUCAGGGGGCCAAGGACUUUGGGGUGGUGCAGUUUGUGACACUGUUUAAAGUUGCCUACAGCAACGAUGGAGAGUCAUGGAGUAUUGUGAAGCAGGAAAACACUGGCAAUGAUAAGCUUUUCCAAGGCAACAUUGACAACAACACCCACAAGAAGAAUCUAUUCGAGCCUCCGUUCUACGCCCGGUACGUCCGCGUCGUCCCCUGGGAGUGGCACGAGCGCAUCACUCUGCGCAUGGAGCUGCUGGGCUGCGAUGAUUAGAAACUCAUCUAACAGUGCUCCAUCCUCAUCCAGUCGCUCCAUCUCCUCAAAGCACAGCAGAGGAAUAAAGCUCCCGUUGGCUGCUGGGACUCUGACACUUGUAGCACUUUCUAACUUUAAUGUUUAAUGUUAAUAACAUUGUUUUGACAUUGCUCACAGAGAGUCCUGUACGAAGUAAUACGUUGAAUUUUAAUAGCUUUGGAUAAACACUAAAUUUGCUCUUAGUUCAUAUUAUUUACUCCUGAUUUCAGGUUCUUGUAAGUCGGUAGACGUGAUAGUAGUGCUCUUCACCUCUUCCAGUUGUACUCAAAGCUAAAUUGCCAGUUUUAACCAGUUAGCAACCCCACCUUUUUGUUUUAACAGUCUGCGGAGGACAGUGACUCGAGCACGAAUGACGCAGGGCCUGUGCAAUAAUAUUUUGGCAUUUCCAACAAUCCUGGAAGAGGUUAUGUCCAAGAGUAGAAAAUGUAAUCUUUCAAAUUUGAACUGCAGCCCACUGAUCUGUCAAUCAAGUGAUGGAGCUUUCGUGUUUUCUUUACAUAUUUCAGCAGAUUUUUCCACUUCAUACUUACAAAUAGUUUCAUUGCAUUUAAAUCAUUUUUACAACAAAUGUGAAAUAUGUAGAAAGACGUGUAGAAAAUAAACAUUGUUUUACA